GCCUGUGCAGUUCGGACAAGGCCUUUCCACUUAGUCUCCGAAUUUUCUUCUUCCAUUUCCGUGGCUGCAUCUCUUCUCACUUCUUUGCUGGUGACUCGUCUCGCUGAAAAGUUCGAGUGCGAAAUUUGUUAGUACUGCACAGUUCUAGAAAGCUGAAGACGCAAAAUCUGGUUCUAUUUAUUAUCUUUUGUCGUCUGGGUGUUCCGGAUUUCUACUGCUUGGAGAGGAAGCAGUUUGAUUCCAAAAAGGGAGCUCUUUAUGAUUUCAAAUUUUGGAAUUUUCGUCGAGAUCAAAAUCCGGUUGUUUGCGAGGACAGUGAAAUACUAGAAUUUGAAGGGAAAUGGAGUCGACGUCGGGGCCAUCAGUGGACGAAAUGGUGGAAGAGAUCAUGAGAAUUCACAGAUCUUUACCAACCAGACCGGGAAUUGAUGAGGUUGAAGCGGCGAAAGCUUUGAUUAUAAAUGCUGAGAGAGAAGACCAAGUGAGACUUGAAGCCAUAUCUAAACAAACUAAGAGCCCCACCGUACCAGACGAACUCUUCAUGGUUCUGCAAGAGAUGCAGAAGAACUUGAUUCAUUUUCAGAGCAAAGAGCAGAAGAGAGAGGCUCUGAAAUUGGUUGAUCUCGAAAACGUCCAUUCACUGUUUGAUGAUUUGAUUCAGAGAGCAUCUAAAUGUUUUCCUCCCUCAAACUCAAAUUCUCGCAAGUCCAGUUAUUCCAACGGUUCCGCUUCCACGACUUCAUUCAGCAUCUCAAAGAAUUCAGCAUCUGCUUCAGUUUCUCGGGCCAUGAAUACACCAUCAGCUGCCGCUUCUUCAGGCUUGUUCAACGCCGAGAAAGAACCCGUAAAGACACCGCAAUUAUUUACAAGAGAUGACAGUUAUGUGAACAAGUCCAAGGCAUCAUUCCACGGGGAUGGAUAUGGAAUUGGACCAAAUAUCUCUUCGAAGCCCCAGAUAUUGGAUUCGUCACUAAAACCCACGACCAAUUCGGGCCAAGACGGUGAUAAAUUGAGUUUAAUAAAGCUUGCCAGUAUAAUCGAAGUUUCUGCAAAGAAAGGUACUCGUGAUCUCAGCCUUCAGAACAAGUUGAUGGACCAAGUUGAUUGGCUUCCCGAUUCAUUAGGGAAGCUAUCAAAUUUGAUAUCCUUAGAUUUAUCCGAGAAUCGGAUUAUGGCCUUACCUCCUACAAUUGGAGGCCUUUCAUCUUUAACUAGAUUGGAUUUGCAUUCUAACAAGAUCACUGAGCUCCCAGAUUCAAUUGGAGAUCUCCUUAGUUUGCUUUAUCUUGAUCUGAGAGGAAACCAGUUAUCAUCUCUGCCUGUCUUUGGCAGAUUAAUACGUCUUCAGGAACUUGAUUUGAGCUCAAAUCAACUUUCUGUGCUUCCUGACUCUAUAGCGUCACUAUACUUAAAAAAAUUGAAUGUGGAGACAAAUGAUCUUGAAGAACUUCCACAUUCUAUUGGUCAGUGUUCUUCCCUUACAGAGCUUCAUGUUGAUUAUAAUCGGCUAAAAGCCCUGCCAGAAGCCGUUGGUAAAAUUCAGAGCCUUGAGAUUUUGUCUGUGCGGUACAAUAACAUUAAACAACUACCUACAACAAUGUCAUCUCUGGCAAACCUGAAGGAACUUGAUGUAAGUUUCAAUGAGCUUGAGUCAGUGCCUGAGAGCUUAUGUCUUGCAACCUCUCUUGUCAAGAUAAACAUAGGAAACAAUUUUGCUGACUUGCGAUCCUUACCAAGAUCUAUUGGGAACCUUGAGAUGCUUGAGGAAUUGGAUAUCAGCAAUAAUCAAAUACGUGUGCUUCCUGACUCAUUUAAGAUGCUCAGUAAACUACGUGUCUUACGAGUGGAAGAGAAUCCCCUUGAAGUGCCACCAAGACAUAUAGCUGAAAUGGGAGCACAGGCUGUUGUUCAGUUCAUGGCUGAGCUUGUGGAGAAAAGGGAAAAGAGGGAUGUUAAGUUACAGUCACUGAAGCAAAAAAAGAGCUGGGCUCAGAUCUGCUUCUUUUCAAAAUCUAACAAAAGAAAGCGUAGUGGCAUUGAUUAUGUGAAUGACAUGGCCAAUUGGUUUGAGGGGAUGGUAGCAAAGAGCGAAUGCAUGGGACAUGCUGCGUUGAAGCUCCACAAUAUUGUGCCUUAUUUUUCAAUGAGUUGGCUGUACUUGUGGCCUGUAAAAAUUUGCUUUGACUCUUACAGAACUCGGGAAGAAGUGUACACUCCAGCAAGCGAAAUAGAAAUGGCUAGCAAGGGAGAAUCGAGAUUCUUUGCCGAAACUUCUUUGUUAAGAACUUCAAUGUAUUUGGAAGAUUAA